CUUGGAUGCAGUGGCAGUUGCCCAAAGAUUUUCAAUGAUGGUAUUACAUUGGUUUUUCAUUUUACCUUCUUUUUUAUAAGUCAAUUUUGUCUUGGGUGGAGAGCCUAGAUGACCUUUGAGUCGCCCUGCCACAUUCUGCGUUCCACCAACAAGUUCAACACGAUCCGCUUUGCCACUUCGUUCCGGAUACCGGAUCAUCAGAAAGAACGAUGCAGAACGAGAGCGGUGCUGUUGAAGUGCGGGUGUCUCCUGAACCCAUCCGAGAGAGAGAUGAGCAGCAAGGGGAAGAGCAGCAGCAGCAGCAGCAGCAACAGCAGCAACAUUGGUCGAAAUGGUUCUUAUUCCAAGACCCUCGAAGAUUGAUCCAUGCCGCCAAGGUUGGACUGGCGCUGAGCUUGAGCUCGCUCUUCAUGCUGGUGGAAGAGCCACCCAGACUCCUGGGCGAGAAUGCGAUCUGGGCGAUCAAGACCGUGGUGGUAGUGUUCGAGUUUACUGUGGGUGCUACGCUAAGCAAGGGGCUUAACAGAGGCCUGGGAACACUUGCAGCGGCAUUUCUGGGACUGGGCAUCGCCCACUUGGCCGAUUUCUGUGGCCACAUUGGAGAAGCAUCUAUCAUCAUCACAUCGGUGUUCUUGGCAGGUGCCGUGGCAACUUUCCUGCGCUUCAUCCCGAAGCUCAAGGCCAAAUAUGACUACGGUCUGCUCAUCUUCAUGCUCACUUUCAGUCUUAUCAGCGUCUCCAGCUACCAAACGUCCGAAACCUCGUUCAAAACAGCCUCCACUCGGAUGUUUACGAUCCUGGUGGGCUGUGGCAUCAGCCUGGUUAUAUGCAUGUUUCUUUUCCCAGUCUGGGCUGGAGAGGAUCUCCACGCUCUCUCCUCUCGCAACUUCGAAACUCUCGCUGAUUGUCUACAAGGCUCGGUCGAGGAGUAUCUCAAGAUUCCAGAGACUACAAUGCAAGCCGUGAUGGAAAAGGAGAUCCAAAACCGGGCUGACAACGACGACAUCUACGUAAAAUACCGAGCUCUGCUGUCGUCCAGCCAGACGGAAGAGUCUCUGGCCAACUUUGCAGGAUGGGAGCCACCUCACGGAAAGUUUCUCAAGUGUGGCUAUCCCUGGCCGCACUAUGUUAAAGUUGGCGCGGCCCUUCGGCACUGCGCGUAUGCUUCCAUGGCACUACACGGCUGCGUACGAGCAGAAGUCCAGGCACCAUAUGAGUUGCGACAAGUGUUUGGCACCGAAAUCCUGAAAGUGACCAAGAGCGCGACAGAGCUACUGCGGCAAGUGAGCGUCAACAUCCGGAACAUGGAGCACUGCCAGGAGAAUGUGGACGCGCUGCUCGUACAAAUGACAGCCUCGACGGAAUCUCUGCAGGAAUUCAUCGACGCCCACUCGCACCUCUUCAUACACCCGACCAUGGCCACCGCCAUGAUCGCUACCCGCAAGCCCAGCAACACUCCGCCAACUUUCGAGUACAGCACCGACCCCGAAAGUCCGUUCUCUAACAGCAGCGCCAUCGAUCCGGCACCACGAACCAUCCAUCGCCUGGCAACAAUGGGAAGCUACACGUCGCUGAGCAUGCAGUCCAUCCGGAGCGCGAGCAACUUCUCGGUGGCGACUUUCACGUCGCUACUGAUCGAGACGGUGGCGAGGCUGGAAAACCUGGUGGAGGCGGCCGAGUGCCUGGCGGAGCUGGCCAGAUUCAAGGAGGUGACAAGCGCAAGCCAGCAAAAGAUUCAUCGCCGGGAGAGCUUUCUCAGCUCCGUGGCCGACGAGGACAUUGUACGCAGGUCGAGCGCACCAAACACCAGCACGGAGUAGAAACCAUAUGAUAUAGUUAGUAUUAUCAAUAAAGAAAUCGAAUCAGUCGCCAACAAA